CAAUACUGAAUAAUGCGUUGCAAUUCGUAAUUACUUGCCAUGUCUUCGAGCGCCUCAAUCAACUCCCUCGCACCAUCGCCAGCCAACUCUCUCUCGGAACUCUACAGCAUCAGCACAUCUCUUGUCUCGAAUGUUACCGAGACACCCAUGGAAGAGGUCCGACGCUUCUUCCUGGGCAAAAGCCAUACCGAGAUAUUACGGUACGGUCUUGUUAUGGACAUACCUGGCGCACCACCACUAGCGGCACAUACCAUCGUUGUGACUAUGGAUUGCGAGAAGCACAAGAAGAGCCCACGGGUCCUGACGGAAUAUGAGCUCCACAUGUUUUCGCGGGAAGAAAUGGUACCGGUUCUCGAGAACCCCGGCAUACAUGGAGAAAACGUACUGCGGAAUGUCUACUACUACCACAUCCGUAUCCGCGAGAACGCACCUCACAUCAACCGCAGAUUCUGCCGAGGAAACCCCGAGGAGAAUUACUUCGGCUCAACAUGCUUUCUCACGAAGGAAGAGGCAAAGGAUUUCCUGACCGACGAACUCUCUUGGCUCAUUGAUGAGCACGACCAGGAUGGUCCCAGAUGCCCAGUAAUAUUUCUUAGCCACUCGGUCGAGAACGACCUUCAGAUGCUGCAACAAGAGCUUAGUAUCGACCCCACAUUCGCCAGCAACGUUGUCGCUAUCAUUGAUACCCAGAAAAUUGCGAAUGAGCAGGGUAUUCGCGGGCGGGGCAAACAAAUCGAACUAGCGGCUUUGAUCCAACACUUUGGGGUGCCUAAAUACUGCACUGAAUUAUUGGCACCUCGCUAUAUCUCGAACAUCGCCGCAUCCACAUAUCACCCUCCUCACCAACCGCGCGAUCGCCCAACCCCCAUCCCCAUACCAUCAUCACUCCAUCUAGCAGCACCUCCCCUUCUUCCCAGCCCCAUUCCAAUAAGUCGUUGUCACAUAUCCUCCUUGAUCGUUCCUCUUCUUCUCUUUAGGCCAGCAGCACGCCAUGCAGACGAGGAUGAAGAAGAGAAGCGCAACUGUGGCUGCGAGGCCGAUCAUGAUAGCUUUGCCAUGGACUCCAAAGUAAACGUGUUCGUUGGGAUUGGUGGUAGCGGCGCUUUCUGCUGGCGAGGUGGAGGUUGUGAUGAGAGAGGUAGCGAGUGUUGUAGUUGCCAUGGUGGCGGUCGUUUGGGAUGGAUUGCUGUGGUCCCUGGUGUUAGUCGUUAUGGCUAUAGACGGAGAAUUAUCGGCUACGCACUUGUAGAUGUUUUGAAGUGA